AUGCAAGCUUCUUUCUUUAUAUUUGCCAUUUCAUUCUUUUGGAUUGCUGUUGAUGAACUAUAUGCAGGUUAUGAAGAAAGAUAUAAUUUGAGAAGAUUACCGCCUGAUUUGAGACCAAUAAGGGAAUUAAUUGGACUUUGGCAGUUAGAAUCGAAAUCUGGUGCUACACGGGACUUCAGUCCACCUGAUUUGAUUGAUAUUGCCAUCAAUCCAAUACCUAAAUUUGGUGCUCGUGCAGCUAACAUCACGCACACUUACUUUGAUGGACAAAAAAAUAUCAUUCGAUCAGAGUAUGGUUUUAUGCCGGUAAAAAAUGCAACAGUGCGUGAUCCUCGAGUACAUGUUGGAUAUUUAACUACUAGCAGUGAAGGUUACUCAAUGAUGGAACAAGGAACAGCAGUCCGUCGGAAGAUAAAUCUACAUCUCAAGCAAUUUCUUCGCCGAUCAUUUUCUGUAGGAAGCAAUGGUUUCGACUUAGAUGUCCGAGAGUUUGAACGACGAUUCGAAAUUCUUGAUCCUUAUCAUAUGAGAAUGAAAGUUCGUGCUGAAACUGCUGCGGGAAUAGAAGGCUUUUCUGCAUCAUAUCGAAGAAUCUUACCUUAA